GUCUGUUCCGAACCUCCGGUGGGUGGCAGUGACCCACCAGUUGGUUCCGGUCCAACAUCAGAGCAGAUCAGGUUCUGAUCAGGUUCUGAUGGUGCAGGAGUGAAACAGAUCAGACUGAAUAAAUCCAUCAUGUAUUGAUUGAUCCAGUCUGAGCUGCUGUUGUCCUGGUGGCUAACACCGUUAGCACCGUUAGCCUGCAGCGACUGAGUCAUUUUCACAUUAAAAGUCGCUUUUAGCCGCAGCUGCCAUGGAAACAACAGCGACGAAAAGACGAGACAACAAGAAAUCCCUGCGGGUUAAAGUCAUCAGCCUGGGGAACGCCGAGGUGGGGAAGAGCUGCAUCAUCAAGCGCUACUGUGAGAAGAGGUUUGUCCCAAAGUACCUGGCAACAAUCGGCAUCGAUUACGGAGUCACAAAAGUUCAGGUCAGAGACAGAGAAAUCAAGGUGAACAUCUUCGACAUGGCCGGUCAUCCCUUCUUCUACGAGGUCCGUAACGAGUUCUACAAAGACAGCCAGGGAGUGCUGCUGGUGUACGAGGGGCUGAGGGAGAGCUUCGACGCCCUGGACAGCUGGCUGGGGGAGAUGAAGCAGGAAAUGGGCUCUCAGGCCAACAUGGACAGCAUCGUCUUCGUCGUCUGCGCCAACAAGGUGGACCUGACGAAACGGCGGGUGGUGGAUGAAGGUGAGGGUCGUCUGUGGGCGGAGUCCAGAGGGUUCCACUACUUUGAGACGUCGGCACAGAGCGGCGAGGGCAUCAACGAGAUGUUCCAGGCGUUCUUCUCCUCCAUCACUGACAUGUGUGAGAACGGCGGGAAGCGGCCGGUGUCAGAGGUCAGUGUGGGCUUCACCAAGGAGCAGGCCGACACCAUUCGACGCAUCCGCAACAGCAAGGACUCCUGGGACAUGCUGGGGGUGAAGCCGGGCGCCACGCGGGAGGAAGUGAACAAGGCGUACAGGAAGCUGGCCGUCCUGCUGCACCCGGAUAAAUGCGUGGCCCCCGGCAGCGAAGACGCCUUCAAGGCGGUGGUGAACGCUCGCACCUCGCUGCUGAAGAACAUCAAAUAACAGAGAACCGCCGCUGCUCCAACACUGCUCCUUAUUUAUCUGGAUAUUUACUCUAUCUCUGUGCCACAGUGCUGUUUGCCAACCCUUAACCUUUGACCUUUAACCUGAGGACAGCCGGG